AUGCGACGAUUGGUUUCCACCACGAAGUUGCUCGGGUCGACGGCCGGCAUCCGCUUGUCAUCAACAAAAAACUCGGACAGAGAGCGCUUAGAGCGGCUUGUGGAAGAGGUGAAAGGCAUCAAGUCGAAGCUAAAGGUGCUAGAAGAGAGCAAGGCUGCGAACGGGUUGGUUGACCUUUACGCCUCUCGCAAAAUGAAGAAGCUGGACAUUAAGCGUAUCUUGGGUAUUUUCAACGAUAGAGCGUACCACGCACCUAUAUUCUGCCACAAAACGCUUCCGAUAGUCCUGGCGCAGUUUAUCACAGGACUUGACAGGCUUCCCUCUGGCCUCAACGCAAUGCCGUCGAUUCUGUCCGUUCGCGCAACACUUCUUCGCUCGUUUCAAAAGCUCAUUAACUGCAAAAUCCCUAUCACCGACGGUCAAGUGCAGCACUUUCGUAGAGUGUUAGAGGAUAUCGAUGAGGAGCACGCAGAGCGCGAGCUGCUACAAACCAUGGCGUUUGGAAUUCUUGAGCUGAAGGAGUACGUCUCAUGUCAUCGGCGAGCACUGGUGGAGCUAAAGAAGACAUCUGAGAGGUGGGCCAGCAUCCCCAUGAGGGAGGAGGACGUGCUCACCUACGCAGAGAUUCAAGACAUCCAAGCGCCGUUGGACUCCGUGAAUCGUUGCAUGAUCACAUACAACUUUAUCUCUCGCAUGUUCCUCAACCAUGACCCGGAGAUGAUGAUGGGCAGCAAUCCCAGCCGCGUUGGGAUGGUUGAUCUUGAGAUGAAUCUUGAGCACGUUGUUCGCAAUGCUGUUGAUGAGGCGAAGCAGAUUUGCACGGAUUACUAUGGCGACUGCCCAGACACCGAGUUUGAGCUCACUUCUGACUCCAAGGCUUUUCGAUUUCCCUACAUGAGCACUACUAUCCGGUACAUUAUACUGGAGCUAAUGAAAAACGCGUUUCGUGCCACAGUGGAGUCACAUAUGAAGCGCAACGAUCUUGGGAUCGUUACAUGCGCUGAUAUGCCUCCCGUUCGCGUGCUGAUCAACCUGCAAGAAGGGACGGAGCACGCGUGCAUCUGCAUCUCGGAUGAAGGCAUGGGUAUGACAGACGAGGCACUCGCCAUGGCGAUGGCGUACUCGUACACCUCAGUCAGCAAACCAGCAUUACAGCUGUGUGAGUCGGGUGAGAAGUUUGCAUCCACGGCGCCGUCACCACUAGCUGGCUAUGGGUACGGGCUUCCGAUGUCGCGUGUGUACGCACAGUCGCUUGGCGGCGACCUCUUUUUGCAGACUAUGGAGGGUUACGGCACGCGCGCCUACUACUACAUCAAGAUCGCGGAUGCAUAA